AAGCUGCACCAUUUGCUCUGUUAGUCAGAGGGAGCAAAGGUCAUUUGCCAGAGUGCAUAUAAAGCAUGAGAACCAGGAAAAAGAGACGUGUCUGCUGGGACAAGGACAGCUUGGCAAACCACAAACUGCCUGGAGGGACCUGAACCUGUGCUGGCAAUGGCCUCUCAAAAUGUGAUUACAGUCCAACCCCAGUUUUUAGCUGCCCAGCAGCCAGGGGAGUGGCAAACAGGGAUGCUGGACUGCUGCUCCGACUGCGGCGUAUGUCUUUGUGGGAUCUUCUGCUUCUUCUGCCUGAGCUGCCAAGUGGCUGGGGACAUGGACGAGUGCUGCCUGUGUGGCUCUAGCGUGGCCAUGAGGACCCUCUACCGCACCAGAUACAAAAUCCCAGGCUCCAUCCUGAACGACUUUUGCGCCCUCUGGUGUUGCAGCCCGUGUGCACUCUGCCAGCUGAAGAGAGACAUCAACCGGAGGAGGGCAAUGGGCAUAUUCUGAUGCUGCCAUCUUCAUUGGACCCUGUGGAGCCUCUGCAGGCAGGAGCUGCUGCUGCCCUGGCUGUUGGGACGUGCACCAUGAGGAGUUUGCCUUCACUCUGCUUGAUUCCCUUUUCCCUUGGUAAAGCCAGCAAUAAAAGCACUGCUUGUCUUC